AGUGGCGAGAGAGGGUGCGGGUGUGUGUAUGUCGAUAGGAGACCCAGGGAAGCGAUGUCCCGCGUCCUAAACUCCGGAGACUUUCCGGGAAGAUGAAUCUGGUUGUCUUGUUGUUGUGUGUGUUAGAGGCAUCGCGUGGAAUGACACAAAACACUGGAAUUCUGGAGAUAGUACUGUUCAAUUCUGUGGAAAAUGGCGAUUACAAGACAAGAUCGUACCGACUAAAUGGAGAAUUCUCAGCUGCAGGUGCCCGAGUCAGCGCCGAAGGACAGCUGAUGCAGCUACAUCCUUUGGGCCUAUGUAAUACGCAGAUCUACGAUGACGUGUACGACUUCGGCUGGGUGGGCGUGGUGAAACUGGAGGAGCAUGAGCCAAUCAAAUGUCUCUCCGUUGUGGGCAAGGCACGACGGGCCAUACAGCGGGGAGCUACAGCUGUCAUCUUCGACGUCUCCGACAGUCCCGAUGCUGCUGUUGAGCUCGAGAGUGUGGUUGAGCCUCUUCAUCGUCCGGUCAUCAUCAUCCGUGGCCGUGAAGCUGCAAAGCUGAUGAACAUUGUGAACACACAGGACCAGGCCCAGCUACGCCUCAUCUACAGUCCCGCUGACAAGGAGGACAGGGGUGUCGAGAUCAGCCGGAAGGACUACUUCAACAUGGGCAUCUUUGUGGCUGUCUUUGUCAUCUUCUCCCUCAUCUGUGUCUGUGUCAUCCUGAAGGUAAGAUGGAGAAACAGGGAACGUCAGCUGUCCAUGACCAAUCUUGCCAAACGAGCUAUUGCCAAGCUAGAGACGAGGAAGUACAUACCGAAGACGACCAAACACAAACAUGUAAACACACCAGACUCCGACUCCAGCCUUCAAAGCUCCGCCUCAGAGAGUUGCGCCAUCUGUCUGGAAGGAUAUCAGGAGGAACAGGUUCUGCGAGUGUUGCCAUGCAACCAUGACUUCCACCGCACGUGCGACCCCUGGCUCCUCAACAAGGGCACCUGUCCUCUGUGUAAGGUCAACAUCACAGCACAAGUUGAACUGCCCCCAAAUGAAGUGUCUGGUAACCAUGACAACAACACUCAGAAUCCAGGCUAUUCCAUCGUCUCCCCAUCUGGUCAGCGCAGCAGCUACAUGCCCCUGCAGUACCUUCCCCGAGACUUUCCCCCAGCGCCAGUUCAUGUCAUCCCAAACCAUCAUCCCCUGUUACAGACCACCUGCCCGUCGUGUGAGGGAACUGUCGGGUCCUCGCAGUCCUCCACCGACUCUUACAUACAGCAAGGUUUCAACACUCACACUGAACACUACUACCAAAACAUAGACUGCAUUCACAGUAUUCCAGAGAGGAGAAUGGUGGUUGGAUCAUAUCGACGUUCGGUCGGACCGUAUUUUCCGUCCCGUCUGUCCGCCACCCAUGUAAUGUCACCGUCUUGCCAAGGUCAGUGUGGGUAUUCUCACCGAGCUGGUCCUCAUCGACAGUUAUUCUUGCCAGUGCCACAAAGUGUCCGACGUGCGUGUGAAAGUGAGGCUGAACGUGAGGCAGUGCGAGCUGCGAGUAUUGUUGCAGUGCGGGGCAGCAGUAGCUCGGAUCCUAACCCGAGCGACACAAGUCUUGAAUGUGAUUGUUGUAAGCAGUCAGCUGGGUCGACUAUGUUUGACAGCAACAGAAGCACGUACGGCAGUUCAGACAAUAAGGACUCAAGUGACGUGAGCAGUUACGAUUCUUACUUCUACCGAGACCACAGUCCCCAAAGCAGUGGGGAUGAGAAACAUCAUCUGCCAAAUGAGACAAAGUUACCUUCGGUCCAUGUCCGACCCUCAUGCGGAUUAGGUCGGGGGAGACGGGAAUCAGAUCACCGGGAAGCUGCACAGAGUCAUACGUGUAGGUCACGUGACAAGAACAACCUUGACAUUGUGAAACGAGAAAAAUGUGCUCAGGAACGUGUGUGUGAUACAUGGCAAAAACUUCACAACUCUGCUCCAUGUAAUCACAAAAAGUCGGACACUAGUCAUAUUCUCGCCAACACUCGGCCACACGAGGGAGCUGGAGCAGGGCCCUCUGUCUGUCGAAGACAUAAAUCAUCUGUGAUAUCUAUGCAGAGAAGUCGAACCUUCUCAUCUUCUCGGGAUUUUCAGUCAGGGGUCAAGUUCGGUUCAACUCUUGACCCUCAAGUGUGUAUACGACAACAUCGUGUUAGUGCUCCAUCCCAAACGUUUAGAGAUAGUGCAAUUACAUCCUCCUAUACUCGUACACAUAGCGGCGGGAUACACUUCUCCGCUACACGCCGCUAUUCUCUGUGUCUUGACUGCAAGGGAGGUCACCAGGGUCACGUGUCUUUCCGUUCUAGGAAUUCUCAUGCAUUUAACCAGUGGAAUAGCAGCGGGUCACAUGGUGCUAGCAGCCGACCCAAUCGGCUGACAGUGUGUUCAAGCAGUAUCCGUGCAGAGCGCGGCUACUCCAGACUGGUGCGACCGAUGCCGUAUCGGCCAGUGGUAUGCGAGAUGUGUCGCCGGCUCACCCACGUGCCAGUUCCCCGCCGGUCGGUCGUCUUGUACACAGAGCCACAAGGCGCUUUCAUCACAAUCCCUCUUGGCGAGAAAGAAAAGUACGACCCUGAGAAUGGCGUGUAGAGCAGCGGACACUCAUGACAGGGACUUGUUGUUAUUGUUUAUGUUUGUUACCAUGGUUACCUCAUUACCUCAGUCACGUGGUCAGUGUUAGCGCUGCCCCAUACGCAGUGAUUGGGUCAUUUGUUGGUGUAUUUUACAAGAUCGCAUUUACGACGUCACAGGGCACAGAAUGGUGUUGAAGAAAACAGAUAAACAGGAACGUGAUGUUAUUAUUGUCUAUAAAAUGUAAUGACUUUGUGACAGUUCCGAUGUUCUGUUAGUUUAUGUCAAUGUGUGAUAUUGGGUAGUCUCUGUAAUACCCAUAGCUGACUACAGGACUGGCACUGCUAUUCUGUUGGGGGUCAGGUGCAGUCAGGCAGGGAGAUUUUUACAAAGUAAUUAGUUUUUGAAAAUACUGUGAAAAUAUUGUGUUACUUCAGGUUGUUCAAAUAAGGUUUGCUGGAUGUACAGAUAUGAAAUUAUGAAAAAGACUUAAAUUGUUCGUCUCUUCCUCCUGCCUUGAUAUUGCUAAAAGCGGCGUAAAUCUAAACUCACUCACUCAUCUCCUCCUAAUGGAGAAAAAAGUGCAAGUUUUAAAACACCCCUCCUACCAUACUGAAUAUUUAAUGGUUAAAAAUAGCCUGAUGUAACAAGCAGUGGAUGUGACAAAGGAUUUCACAUAUAGGCCAUCUUCAGAUUUGCCAGACAUCACUUUAAUCAGGAUUAGAUUGAAUGAUGAAUGGCACUACCAUUCCUUGUGUCGUCAUGUUCACCUGUCUCUGUUGUGUUCACCUUGAUGUCAAUAUAUUUCUCCAGACAAGGGUUUCACCUGUGUUUAUAUGUGAUAUGUUAAACAAUUUUUUGAUUUCCAGAUGACAUGAAACUGACAGCAGAAACAGUUGUUUCAUUUGUAGAACAACAUGGUUGUUAUGGUGAUGCGUUUACAGAACCUUUUAAGUCAUAAUAACAAUUUUCAGUUUCAAAACCUCAAUACGCCGUCAUGACAAAAAUCAAAUUCUUGAAAAUAAAAAUGUGAUUUCUUGGAAAAAAUGGAAUUAAACACCCAAUACAUUCUACCUCACUAAUAACAAAUAUAGCAUUGUAUGAUUAACUUACAAGGGCCAUUAGGGGAUUAGAAUUAAGAGCUUGUUUUGAAUCUGGGCAUCAUUCUUCAGAGAACAAAAAGUGUAAGCGACUAGGUGAAGGGCAGAGGACGAUUGCCACAGAGAGCUAGGACACCUUCAAGAGAACGGUCCUCCUUGAAUUAGAUUUAUUGCAAUUCCUAAUGAGCAAAUCGGCAUUAUUGAAGUUAAGAAAUAUUGUCUAGUUCUCAGAUCUGAAAUAUGUUUGUUACAGUUUGCUAAACAGUCAGGCAAGGGUUCUGCACUAAGAUCAUGUGUGUGGAAUGUAGUGUAUUUUGUACUUGGAUUGAUAAGGGAAGAAAUCUCUGAUGCAGUGUCGUGUAUGAUGUUUUGUAAUCCAGUUGGAGAUAUGGUGUCCAGCUGGAGGGUAGAUAAACCAAGCGUUUCAUGAGGACAAACACGAAGUACAUGUGGUGCUAAUCUGGAUCACAGGGUUCACAGUGGUAUUGGACCAGGGGAGAUAACUCUCAUAUUUACUUCUCACUCUUGUUGCAGACCUGAAA